AGAGAGAGAGAGAGAGAAACAGAGACAGCGUUGAAAAUGCAAGGGAGAGAAUCUGGCAGUUCCGGCUUUGAUCUUCCUGAUAGAGUUUUGCAAGUGCUUCCUUCUGAUCCUUUUGAACAGCUCGAUGUCGCCCGCAAAAUCACUUCCAUCGCUCUUUCGACUCGCGUCUCGAUGCUUGAAUCAGAGUCCUCUGUUCUGCGCUCUAAAAUUUCUGAGAAAGAUGAGAUUGUAGCGGAUUUAAGGUUCCAGAUCGAAUCGCUCAACGAUUCUCUCUCCGAGACCGUCGAUAAACUCGCCAGGGCCGACGAGGAGAAGGAGAGCUUGGAGAAAGAGAACGCCUCGUUGUCGAACACCGUGAAGAAGCUGAGGGGAGAUGUUGCGAAGUUGGAGGUGUUUAGGAAGACACUGAUGCUAUCACUUCAGGAGGAAGGAGAUAUCCGUACAGAAGUUCCAGAAAUGGUCGCUAAGAUACCGAGCCAACCAUCUACUGUUUCCCAGAUUAAAGAAGAUGUUUCAUCCUUGCCGUCCUCCAGAUACUCAUCGGUUCAGAGCCAGACUUCUGAAGUGGGAAAUUCAUUAGCAGAGGAUCAUGAUUUCGAUGGAAUUCGACCUCGUAUUGCGCCUGGCCUCCUGUUAGCCUUACAACUAAGUACACCUCGGCUUACUCCCCAUAAUUCUUCUCCUUCACUAUCAGCAUCAAUAUCUCCCAAGAGAACAUCUAGACAUGUGUCACCUAGGCGACAUUCAAUGUCCUUUUCAACCUCCAGGAACGUUUUUGAAGAUAGAUCUUCAGUAUGUUCUUCCGCGCCCUCAAUUUCCUCAGACAAAGGGCAAGCUCGGGUCGAUGGGAAGGAACUUUUCCGACAAGUCAGGACCCGUCUGUCUUAUGAUCAGUUUGCUGCAUUUUUAGCAAAUGUCAAGGAUCUAAAUUCCCACAAGCAAACGAAAGAGGAGAUGCUUAAGAAGGUAAAGGAGAUUUUCGGCCACGAUAACGAAGAUCUUUAUACUGUUUUUGAGGGAUUGGUUGCUCGCAGUCUCCAUUGAAGAAACUAAACUAGAAAUGCAGCCAAACGUUGGCAUAUCUGCUAUUAGGUUCGUUCGUUGGCAUCAACUAGUACAUGAUCCGAACACUUUGUCUCAUUUUUUCGAUAUGGAUACAAUAACGAUCAUAGCGAUCUCCUCUAGUAUAUACAGGUACGUAAGGAUUCAAUUGAUCCGAAGUCGUCCUUCUCAUCAUGGGAAAUUCCUCUAUCUCAUCACUUACCUUAUGUCGGUAUCAUGACGUUGUUCUGUAAUUCUUUGCCUAACUUGUGUCAUCAAAUGAGUGUAAAUUCCACUAGUUAGAAUAAGAUGGAACCUUGCUUAUUACAUA